AUGGCGGACCAACUAAGCGCCGGAAUGGGCAACCUUGGCCUCGAGUCGCCCUCGGCGGCGGCUCAGCUCGCGAGCCAGCAGACUGCGCGCUCUUACAUCCCGCCUCAUAUGAGAGGAAAGAUGGGCGGGCCUGUGCCUCCCCAGAACAGCCCCCCCGUCGGUUCACCCGCCAGUCCUCAACCUGGUGCUGCCGUGAAUGGCCUCAACAGCAGCGCUUGGGCUGGAAACAACAACUUUCCCGCUCGUGAGAGCAACAACAACUGGCCUACUCCCGGAUUUGUUGCCCCUGCUCAGCAGCAGAACCCGCAGCCCGGCGGAGGUUGGGGCGGUCGUCCCCAGGCCGGUCCCUUCAACCCGAAUGCCUAUCGCGGCAACAUGGGAGGCGCUGCUCCUGGUGCCGGCGGUGGCGGUGGUGGUUAUUCCCGCGGCGGCGGCUCUGGCGAAGGCCAGUGGCGCGAUGGAAAACACAUCAUUGGCAACGCCAACCCCCGCCUCGAGCGUGAGCUCUUCGGAACCGCUGAUGAUCCGUCGAAGCAGCACACGGGAAUCAACUUCGACAAAUACGAGGAUAUCCCGGUCGAGGCUUCCGGUCGUGAUGUCCCCGAGCCGGUCAUUCAGUUCGACAACCCGCCUCUUGACCCCCAUCUGCUUACCAACGUCUUUCUUGCCCGCUACACCGUCCCCACCCCGGUGCAGAAGUACUCAAUCCCCAUCGUCAUUGGUGGCCGUGAUCUCAUGGCUUGUGCCCAGACCGGUUCCGGCAAGACGGGUGGUUUCUUGUUUCCCAUCCUGUCGCAGGCUUUCACCAACGGACCGUCUCCUGUGGCUGCCCAGGCUGGAUUCGGCCGCCAGCGCAAGGCUUAUCCCACUUCUUUGAUCCUCGCUCCCACCCGCGAGCUUGUUUCGCAGAUCCACGAGGAGUCCCGCAAGUUCGCUUACCGAUCUUGGGUUCGCCCUUGCGUCGUGUAUGGCGGCGCUGACAUUGGAUCUCAGCUGCGCCAGAUUGAGCGCGGAUGCGAUCUCCUUGUUGCCACUCCUGGCAGACUUGUCGAUCUCAUAGAGCGUGGUCGCAUCUCUCUCAGCAGCAUCCGUUAUCUCGUUCUUGACGAGGCUGAUCGCAUGUUGGACAUGGGUUUCGAGCCCCAAAUUCGCCGCAUUGUUGAGGGCGAGGAUAUGCCUGGCGUCCAGGAUCGCCAGACGCUCAUGUUCUCGGCCACUUUCCCCCGCGAUAUUCAGGUACUUGCUCACGAUUUCCUCAAGGAUUAUAUUUUCCUUUCUGUUGGUCGCGUUGGUUCUACUUCCGAGAACAUCACGCAGAUGAUCCUCAAUGUCGAGGAUGGCGAUAAGCGCUCUGUUCUGCUUGACAUUCUUCAUGAUCAGCGCGAGAAGGAGGCCGAUGGUGGCGACCCGAACCUCACUCUUAUCUUUGUUGAGACCAAGCGUAUGGCCGAUGCCCUGUCAGACUUCUUGCUUAACCAGAACUUCAUCGCUGCUGCAAUUCACGGAGACCGCACCCAGCGUGAACGUGAGGCCGCCCUGAGAGACUUUCGCUCUCGUGCAUGCCCCAUUCUUGUGGCUACUGCUGUUGCCGCUAGAGGUCUGGAUAUCCCCAACGUCACCCACGUCAUCAACUACGAUCUCCCUACCGAUAUUGACGACUAUGUGCACCGGAUUGGUCGUACUGGUCGUGCCGGAAACACCGGUCUGGCUACUGCCUUCUUCAACCGUGGCAACCGCGGCAUUGUCCAAGGCCUUCUUGACCUCCUCAAGGAGGCCAACCAGGCCAUCCCCAGCUGGCUCACCAACAUUGCUCAGGAAUCAUCGUUCGGUGGUGGCGGCGGCGGUCGUGGUGGCCGUGGCGGAGGUCGUGGUCGUGGUCGCAGUGCUCAAACCGAUUUCCGUAAGGGAGGCGGUGGCGGCGGUGGCUUCGGCGGCGCCCCUGGCUAUGGAGGUGGUGGUGGCUACACCCCCAACACUGGCUAUGGCGGUGGUGGCUACGGUGGUGGUGGCGGUGGUGGCGGCGGCUACGGUGGUUCUUACGGCAACCCCGGCGGCGGCGGCGGCCAGUCCUGGUGGUAA